AUGUUGGAAGGUGCAAAGUGGGCGAUUGGAGUCGAGCUAGCCUAUGCCCUUUUGGUGAUGGUCGCUGGUCUGUCUGGGAUCUACGCUGUACGGCAACGAAGCUAUGCAGCAGCCACUCUCGUCUUUUGCCUUACAGCAUUCAGUACCAUACUCGCUAUACCGCCAUUCAUCAUGGGACUUUUCCCAACAAUUCCAUGGGCCUUCGCGGAAGCCACACCAUAUACGUGGAUAAGCAAAAGAGAACCACUGGAACUCGAUUUCGGACUCAGCCUUGUCAUUCUCAUUCAGGUACUUCUUUCACUGGUCAUCUCCAUAAGCGGUUGUCGAUCAGCUGGGGUUCUAUGUGGAAUGGUUGAAGAAGCAAAACUACACCGCGAUCUUCAUACGGCAUUCCAUGAAAUGGACUUACCUCAGAAGGCAUAG